GUUUCAGCAGAUCGUCUAUACUUGCGUUUAUUUACUGGCCGUUGCUUGUUUCAACCUCGUGUUGGUCGGUUUUUGCUCACGGGAACCAGUGGCAAUGACGCAAGGGAACAACACGAGAAACGCAGCAACACCAGGUGUCAUCAUCCCAAUCCCAUCGGACUUCAAACUUCAGUUGAACGAGACAUCCAACUCAGUGGCCAUCCAUCCUGUUAUUCUCCCGUUGCCAUCUGCAGAUUAUUUCCACAUUCAGCCGGCUGGAACGGGUCUCACGUAGAUUGGCUAUUCUUAGCUCCACAGUUUCACACGCGCACCCGUCAUCAUCUAGUCUACGAGGGAUCGGGUGUUUAUCCCUGGAUAAAUCAUGGCGCGCAAGGCCGAGAAGGACUCGAACAAAAAAGACGAUGACAAGGCUAACAAGAGACCGACCCCCAAUGCGUUCCAGCAACAGCGCUUGAGGGCUUUGCAGCCUAUCUUGACCCCUAAAAGUGUACUGCCGCUUUUCUUUGCAAUUGGGGUCAUUUUUGCCCCCUUGGGCGGUGUUUUGCUUUGGGCAAGUGCUCAGGUCAAAGAAUUAGAAAUCGACUACACCAACUGUAAGGAGGCACCGGUUGGUCAUUACGAGCAGAUCCCAAGUGACCAGUUCUCGUACACCUUCCCGUCCACCAAUGGCAUCAGGGGUCCGUUUUGGGAGCGGAAUAGCACUGAGGCGCCGUUUACCUGCACCCUGACCUUUGAUAUUCCCCAGGACAUGGGCCCCCCUGUUUACAUGUACUAUCGCUUGACAGAGUUCUACCAAAACCACCGGAAAUAUGUCAAGUCGCUCAACAUUGAACAGCUCAAAGGAGAGGCCGUAGAUAACAAAACUCUCAACGGAGGUACACUGAGCAAGUGCGAUCCCAACGACCUGAUGCUUGAUUGCGGCACCAUGAAGGCAUUCUACCCCGCUGGUACAAUUGCCAACUCCAUGUUCAAUGAUACGAUUUACAGCCCUUGGAAGCUGGAGAGCACUGGUGGAAGGACCUUGUAUAACAUGACAAACAAGGGCAUUGCCCAACCAAGUGACAAGGAGCUCAUCAAGCCGACCAAGUACAAGCCGUGGCAGGUUGUGCCACCACCCAACUGGCAAGAUCGUUAUCCAAACAACUACACGGAGCAGAAUCUUCCUAACCUCCAGGAGGAGGAGGAGUUUUUGGUCUGGAUGCGAACUGCUGCAUUGCCCGAUUUCAGCAAAAUGUCUCGGCGAAACGACAGUGCAACCCUGGAACUCGGAACUUAUCAGUUGAGCAUCGAUUACCGAUUCCCUGUUACCGAAUACAAGGGCACCAAGUCAAUUUUCAUUUCUACUCGAACUGCAGUUGGAGGCAAAAACUCUGCCAUGGGAAUUGCCUAUGUCGUCGUGGGCGGUUUCUGCUGCUUGGUUGGAGCGCUGUUCACCAUUGCGCAUACAAUCAGACCUAGGAAACUCGGCGACGAGUCGUACUUGUCUUGGAAUAAAGAGGACGACUCAUCCGCUGUUGCAUCUGGGAAUGACCACCAGACUGGGUCGCAUGCGCCUUGAUUCUGUUUUGACUUGUAAAUAUUCUUUGGCAAGAUAUUCAUUCGGGUUAAUUGGGAGUUUAUGUUGAUUCAUCGGGAGAGAAUUGGAUGAUUGAUGGCACUGCGAUCGAAGAUUGUAACUACACCCAGAUAGACCUGUAGUAGCUGCCCAAUACCGUUCUAAUUCAUUAUAUUAUGCAUAAAAAAUAAAAAUAAAAU